GAAACCUCCGGCCCAGCUCCUCCAGUGUCUCUACAAUCCGAGUCUAAAAGCCUAACCCCGUUGUCUCUCUAAGCUCUUCACACCUCCAAAACCCUAACCAUGGCCACACUCGCCCGUCUCCGCCAACGCCUUCUCCCUCUCCCUCUCCUCCUCCCCCACCUCCUCCUCCGCCGCUUCUCCUCUGCCGCCGCGAUCCUGAGCCCCGGCGACCCCUCCGCCGUCCUCACUAGCAAGCAGAAGUCCCGCGCCGCCCUCUCCCUCCUCAAGUCCGAGAAGAACCCCGCCCGCAUCGUCGAGAUCUGCCGCGCCGCCGACCUGACCCCUGCCUCCCACCUCGACCGAACCGCCCUCUCCAUCGCCACUUCCAAGCUCGCCACCUCCGGCUCCUUCGCCGCCCUUCGCUCCUACCUCGACGGCUUCCUCUCCCCCCGCCCUGACAUCUCUUCUGACCGGCUCCGCUCCCACGCCAUCGUCCUCUUUGGACAGGCCGGCAUGCUCGAUGACGCCGUUCGUACAUUCAAGGCCUCUGAUUCUCCCUCCGUCCGGUCCCUCAACGCCCUCCUCUUCGCCUGCAUCCUCGCAAAGAAGCACGACGAGGUCGGCCGGAUCUUCCGAGAUUUCCCCACUUCUUAUGGCAUCACCCCCAAUCUCGACACCUACAACACUGUCAUCAAGGCUUUUUGCGAGUCGGGCACAUCAAGGUCGUUCUUUUCGGUGCUGGACGAAAUGGUCCGAAUCGGAAUUAAGCCAAAUAUGAUGACUUUUUGCACGGCGCUCGCCGGAUUUUACCGGGAGGAACGGUUCGACGAUGUGGGAAAGGUUUUGGAGCUGAUGAAGAAGCAUGAUUGCCAUCCCGGACUCAGCGCCUACAAUGUGAGGAUACAGAGCUUGUGCAAGCUUAAGAGGCUUGGUGAGGCGAAGGCAUUGUUUAAGGAGAUGGUGGCGGAAGGCAUGAAGCCAAACUGGGUUACUUACAACCAUCUGAUAUUUGGGUUCUGUAAGGAGGGGGAUUUGGAAGAGGGAAAGAAACUCUACAAAGAGAUGGGUAAAAGAGGGUGUGUCGCGGAUAGUAGCUGCUACUUUACUUUAAUUUAUUACCUCUGCCAAGGUGGAGACUUUGAAGCGGCGCUGGGAGUGGCCAAGGAGACCAUGGCAAGGAAUUGGGUUCCGUGCUUUUCAACUAUGAAGAUGCUUGUGAAUGGGCUUGUGAGGGGGGCGAAAGUUGAAGAGGCACGGGAGCUGAUUGAGAAGAUGAAGGAGAAGUUCUCAGGGAAUGCUGAUAUGUGGAAGGAAGUGGAAGAAGAAUUGCCUCAGUAAGUCUGAAGGGAAUGAUAAGGGUGUUCAAUGAAUCUCAGCAUAAGUCCUGAUGUUUCCUGCAGAAAAUGGCUUCUGUAUGUUGGCAACCGUUUAUUGAUCACCAGGCCCUCUCUACUGAGUUGUGGUAAUUUGGUGUUGUUUUGGUAGGGGUUCAACUGCAAUUGAAUUGAUUAAAUUCCUGGUGAAAGAUACAAUUAUGCAAAAAGUGGAUGUUUACUUUUAUGUUGAGCUUGGACAAGCUGUGAACUGUCGCCAACAUUUGCAAGAUAUGGCCAAGUUCUAUCACAGGAUGGUUAGAUGAAACAAAAUGGAUGCUUCCUUGAACAGGAAAGUAAACCCCAGGAUAGUUUCUGAAGGAACUGCUAAGACCUUGGCAGCUUUGAAAACUUUCAUGCCAUUUUUCCUGUGGGAAAGUUUGGAGCCUAAAUUCAGAAUGAAGUUUUACUGUACUAUUGUCGUUACGUUGUUCAGUGAAUGCAAAUGAAUUUUCGAAUAGGAA